UUUAAAAGCGCGUCACUCGUCCAUUUCCGGGUUCGACCUCCACGCUGCCUGCGGGGUCUUCCCAUACAUUUUUACUGCUCCUGCUGCUGUAGGACCUCUGGAAACUUGCGUCAGCCGCCACAGCUUUGCAGAACAAUGGGGAUACAACUUGCAUGGAAGUAAAGUGUUGGGGGAUAUAUUCCGUGAAGGACGUCAUCCGGGUGCAUGUUUACGACAGAGAGCCGGGUUGACAUUAACGUCCAGUGUGUUGCUGCCGUCAAGUUGUCCGUGCGAAUGUUCACGCUGAGCAAAGUGCAAGGUCCUCUCCGAGUUGAGAUAUGAACCGUGACUCUCUCUAAACUGUUGAACUUUUUUUUAGCUAGCGUUCACUUUUGACUCAUUAGUUUCAUUCUACUUGUUUUUUUGGCACUGAGAAUGGCUUGUCUUAUCCUGGGAGCUAUACGAAGAAGAGGGGCCGUCGGGGUUCGGUCCCUGUCUUCCAUCCCCUCAUUGCCCCCUGCCGUGGCAGAAUUUGUCAAGGGUGCGGCGGACGAGUGCAAGCCCAGCGGUAUCCACGUGGUGACGGGGACGCCAGAGGAGACGGCCAACAUCUUGGCAGGGCUGGAGAAGGAAGGGAUGGUCAAGAGACUUCCUAAAUAUGACAAUUGUUGGUUGGCGCGCACGGACCCGAAGGACGUGGCCCGAGUGGAGAGCAAGACCGUGAUCGUGACCAAGAACCAGAGGGACACCAUCCCGAUUCCUGCCGGAGGGGUGAAGAGCCAAUUGGGCAGCUGGAUGAGCGAGUCGGACUGGCAGAGGGCGAGAGAAGAGCGCUUCCCAGGAUGCAUGGCGGGUCGCACCAUGUAUGUCAUUCCUUUCAGUAUGGGUCCAGUGGGUUCCACUCUUGCCAAGUAUGGUGUCCAGGUGACGGACUCGCCGUAUGUCGUGGCCAGUAUGGGCAUCAUGACCCGUAUGGGCACACCUGUUCUCAAUAAGCUGGCGGAGGGAGAGGAGUUUGUCCGUUGUCAGCACUCUUUGGGACGACCGCUUCCCCUGAAAGCCCCUCUAGUCAACGCAUGGCCCUGCAAUCCGGAUAAAGUUCUGAUCUCCCACCUGCCCGACACCCGGCAGAUCCUGUCAUUCGGCAGCGGCUACGGUGGAAACUCCUUGCUGGGGAAGAAGUGCUUUGCCCUGCGCAUCGCCUCCCGCAUUGCCAAAGAUGAAGGUUGGCUGGCGGAGCACAUGCUGAUCCUGGGCAUCACCAACCCUCAGGGAGUGAAGCGUUACGUAGCGGCUGCGUUCCCUAGCGCCUGCGGGAAAACCAACCUGGCCAUGAUGAAGCCAGCUCUGCCGGGCUGGAAGGUGGAGUGCGUGGGCGACGACAUCGCUUGGAUGAAAUUCGACAAUCAAGGGAAGCUUAGAGCCAUCAAUCCCGAGAACGGUUUCUUUGGCGUGGCUCCGGGAACCUCAGACAAGACCAACCCAUACGCCAUGAGCACCAUCGCCAAAAACACAGUGUUUACUAAUGUUGGCGAGACCAGUGAUGGAGGCGUGUGGUGGGAGGGUUUGGACCCCCCUGCUGCUGGCGUCACUUUGACGGACUGGCAUGGAAAAGCCUGGAACAAAGGAAACGGCACUCCUUGCGCCCAUCCCAACUCACGCUUCUGUGCUCCGGCCGAUCAGUGCCCCAUCAUCGACCCACUAUGGGAGAGCGAACAGGGCGUUCCCAUCGACGCCAUCAUCUUUGGCGGUCGCAGGCCGCAAGGAGUUCCUUUGGUGUACGAGUCGUUCAGCUGGCAGCACGGCGUGUUUGUUGGCGCUGCAAUGAGGUCAGAGGCCACAGCAGCUGCUGAGCAUCAAGGCAAGGUGAUCAUGCACGACCCCUUCGCCAUGCGUCCAUUCUUCGGCUACAACUUUGGCGACUACCUCUCUCACUGGCUGAGCAUGGAAAGCCGAAAGGCAACCACUCACCUGCCCAGGAUCUUCCACGUCAACUGGUUCCGGAAGGACCCCGCCAGCGGCGCCUUCCUCUGGCCGGGCUUCGGCGAGAACGCCCGCGUGCUGGAAUGGAUCUUCAAGCGCUGCGGGCGCGCGCGGGACGAUGAGGCCGCCAAGAAGAGCGCGAUCGGCUGGCUGCCGGUGGACGGCGCCAUCGACACCGAGGGCCUGGGCGGCGGCGUGGACAUGGGCGCCCUGUUCGACGUGCCCAAGCAUUUCUGGCAGAACGAGACCAAGGAGCUGAGGGCGUACUUCAGACAGCAGGUGGGGGCGGACCUUCCAGACAAGGUGGAGGCGGAGCUUAAGGCUUUGGAGGAGAGAGUGCACAACUAAUAGCAUGACAUGACAUUCACUUGGUGCGAUCACAGCCACUGGGGGAACUCACGCACACACACUCACACACACAAUAUAUAUUAAUAUUAAUACAUACUCUAAGAAUAUGUGUUAAUAUUAAUAGUUAUGUAAUAAUUAAUAGUUGUCGGGGACAAUGCGCGUUAUCGUUUUAAUAUUUCAGUGUUUUCAUAUUACACCUUUUUUUCGUUUUCGGAUUACAGCAUUGUAACUAGAUUUUUACUAUAUUGAGCGGGCCAAUAAGAAAUGGCCAUCAU